AUCAUUACCACUCUCCACAACCUCGUCACUUCCGUAGAGGUACCAGAGCUAGAGGAAAGACGAGCAGAAGAGAGUUUCUGAGGUUUAUGUUGAUGCUUGGCUAACUCUUAUAAUAUCGUGUAGAAAAUGUAUGCGACAGCACUGCUGAUCUGAUAACACCUCGCUACAAAGAAGAAUUCAGCUUGGACUGUGGCUACUUGACUCGUUUUUCAAAUCAACAGUGAACACAGUAAAAGACGUUGUAAAGUGAACGUGACCCGAAUCUAUGAAACUUCAGCCAUCCGAUGGCUACGGCUGGUCCAGUGUCCAUGGAAAGGGUGAUCUCGACUGGAACCUCUGAAAAUCAUAGGAUGACUUCUUUCGAAGGUCUGGGUUCUCCAAGUUCAUCCCAGACCAAUAAGAGAACCAUCGGUCAUCGUGGGAUUGACCCCACAGGGGAGACUACAUACAAAAAGACCACAUCAUCUGCUCUGAAAGGUGCCAUCCAGCUGGGCAUUACAUACACGGUUGGCAGUCUGAGCCAGAAGCCAGAGAGAGAUGUGCUCAUGCAGGACUUUGAAGUGGUGGAGAGCAUAUUCUUUCCCAGUGAAGGCAGUAAUUUGACCCCAGGACACCACCAUGGCGACUUUAGGUUUAAAACCUAUGCUCCGAUUGCCUUCCGCUACUUCAGGGAGAUGUUUGGGAUCCGGCCUGAUGACUACCUGUACUCUCUUUGCAACGAACCACUGAUAGAGCUGUCGAACUCCGGGGCAAGCGGGUCUCUCUUCUACGUCUCCAGUGAUGAUGAGUUCAUCAUCAAAACGGUCCAGCACAAAGAGGCAGAGUUUCUGCAGAAGCUGCUGCCCGGCUACUUUAUGAACCUGAACCAGAACAAGCGCACGUUGCUGCCCAAGUUCUACGGCCUCUACUGCGUUCAGGCCGGCGGGAAGAACAUCCGCAUCGCGGUAAUGAACAACUUGCUCCCCCGUGCUGUCCCCAUGCACCUCAAGUACGACCUGAAGGGCUCGACGUACAAGCGGCGAGCCUCGCCCAAGGAGCGAACUAAGAGCAUGCCCACCUACAAAGACCUUGACUUCAUGGAGGAUGUUCCUGAAGGUCUGAUGCUGGAGAAUGACCACUACAAUGCCCUCUGCAAAACCAUCCAAAGAGACUGUCUGUUGCUGCAGAGCUUCAAGAUCAUGGACUACAGUCUGCUGGCGGGGAUCCACAACAUAGACCAGGCAGGUGAAGAGGCAUCCACAGCCAUGCCUGAUCAGAAGAGGGCUCAGGGCCAGAAGCCCCUCUACUGUACGGCCAUGGAGGCGAUCCAGGGGGAGGCCAAGGGCAAGACUCCACCACAGCCCAGUGAGAGCAUGGGAGGUAUUCCUGCACGCAACUCGAAGGGUGAGAGGUUACUAAUCUUUAUUGGCAUCAUUGACAUCCUGCAGUCCUACAGAUUUGUGAAGAAACUGGAGCACUCAUGGAAGGCCUUGGUGUAUGAUGGGGACACUGUGUCAGUGCACCGGCCCAGCUUCUAUGCUGACCGCUUCCAGAAGUUCAUGUGCAACACUGUCUUCAAGAAGGCAUUGUUGAGGACAUCUCCCUUGAAGAAGACUCGCGGAGGCACAGUCAGCAACAUGCGCAAGGCCAAUGCCACAGGGUCCGACCAGGCCCAUGUAGUAGUCACCGCAGAGCCAAGCCAGGCAGAGACUAGGGGAACUGGGCAACCACGGGGACAGGACCCAGGACAUGUCCCCAGCAGCAUUGCUGUCGCCCUCAGCUUUGAGGUGGAGGUGUCUGAUGACCAAGAUGUACAGCCCCGUCCCGACUUGCUCCCACAUGACGAUGUGAUGAGCAGCUCAUUCGAGACCACGCCUGUGAGCUCUGCGUCUGCUGCUCGGGCCCCAAGAGUGCAGGAGCAGAAACCCCCCGACAUGGAUCAGAGCCAAAGAUUGGAGUCUGAAAUUCUAAACAGCUUGCACAUCUUUCCUUCCCAGCACCGGGUCUGCUGGGCCAUUGGAGGAGAGCCCAAACUUCAUCUCCCUCAGUGAUGUCAUGGCCCAGGCUGACAACUGUUAUUGAGGAAAGACAGGCGAAAGCCAGGGAGGGAAGUCGAACAAGUAGGAAGUGGGGAAAAAAAGCCAAAGAAAGGUGGACCCAGAGAGCAUUUCCCCCUGCAGAUAUGGAAGACAGAAAGUCCAGAGAAGAGACUUCAGAAGGGUGAACCACACAAAAGACAGAUUCAUGCAUGACUACUCCAGAGUCACUGCUGAAGGGGCUUUUGUCUCGUGUGUCAGCCGCUCCAAAACUGCCUUCAUACAGCCUUAAAACAGUGCCUGCCUUCCUGAACCCAGAACAGCAGCUCCCAAAAACGCAAAUAUGAUUUAUUUAUUUUUUGGUCCUAGAUACGAUCCUUUAGUAAAACGAAAUAUUUACAUGAACCUUAAUCCUUUUUUUAAAGAACUAUUUCUUGUUUACCUCUGAGCCAAACAAAUCAAUGCUGAAAACAUCUCACGCGACACACAGCAAUGCUUGGAACUCGUCUGAGCAGGUGAGGACCGAGGAGGGAGGUUAAUCGCUGCAGACAAUUCUCUGUAACAGUUUAAGUAAACUCUGUGAUUUUGUCUGUGCACUUUUGCUGCAGAUACGUUCCAGACAUGUGAGAAGUCAAAGAAAGUCUUAUUUUAGCAUAUUUCAUUUAGUAUUAAACUUGAUUGCAAUGCCUGAUGCAAAUUUGCAUGGAUUAGCAGCUGACUAGUUCCUAUAGCGCUAAAUGUAAGUGACCUUAAUUUACCUAGCUCAGUAAGAUCUGAGUAGCAGUUUUAUGGGUAUUUUAAGUGCACGAGACUUGCAGAGAGAGCUCUAAUCAUUCCCAGACAUGUUGCGAUAUGUAAAGAUUGAAGUAUACGGUGUGACGAGUACAAACCGUGGAUGUCCUCUCAGUCAUAAUGUCACAUGUCUCAUUCCAAUGCCUGUCAACUUAUUACUGCAGAUAAAACCGUAUGUGUAUGAUUAAACUCUGGAGUUUAAUGCUUUGAUUACGUUCUGCUUACACUCUGUAUUUAUGAACCGGUUAAGGUUACGCAAGACCAAAAAGGACGUGGUUCUUGAUUUUUUGACAAAGAUGAAAGGGGAAGUGGUUUUUGUUUUUUUAAACUUUAAUGGUCUUUUCAGAUUAUGGUAACUCAGCAUUUCAUAUUUCACUUCACUAAAGCUACACUGAGCAAUUUUCAUGGGUGAUGUGAUGAAACGGCUGGUGUAAAGCGUUUAUCUGCUGAGAUGAGACAACCGUAUAAUAUAAUGGAAAUCUGUAUAAACACUAAAGUUGGCAGUAUUUGGCAAUACACAUUACAGCCUUUUGAUGCAAGUAAGCACAAGACAAAAAAAGAUUCAAACCCAGCUAUUAACAGCUGUACAAUUUGGGUUAUAAUAAUGUUUUAAUUUUGUGUGAAUUAUGACAUGUCCCCAGAUGACAAGAUUUCCACCUUGGAAUAACAUCACUAAAGUUAGACUGUAAAUUUCUAAAGUUUAAACUUCCAGUGCCUUAUGUAAUAUGUUAAUCUCUCAAUUAAAAUGCAUUAACAGCGAAGUAGAAAAAUAUUUUGCAAAUUAAAAUAUAAAAGACCACCAGUGUUUUACAACAAAUGUAUGCAGCUACUAGCUUUCCGGGUCAAAAGAGCUCAUUGUUUCAUCUGUGAUUAAGACGGAUACUGGAACCUAGCUUGUCCAAAUGACUAUUUAUUGAGCUAUAUAUGUAAUUUAUUUCUUAAAUUCUAAAUGUUUGUGUUAUGCCCAGGGGUUUAUGCAAUAUCAUUGUUUCCUGGUGACGUGCGAAAGUUUUAAAAAAUGAGUGAUGCCAUGGGCUACAGGACUUUGUAAAGGUGGAUAGCACCACCAAUAUCUCAAAGUAUUCCAUUAAUAGAUUUAAGUUUCAAGACACUCUGAUAUUGCUGCGCUGAAAGAGCUCAGGUAGUCCUGUGUUUGCAACACUCAUUACACCACAGAUUAAGGGGCUUGUGUAAUUACUGCCGUCCAUCCUUUGAAUCAGACUGUCGGAUGCAUAAUUUUGCCUUCUAUAAUAGAGAUUGUAUCAAAUGUUACUUUUGUAUAGCUACAACUUGUAUGGAUUUUUCUUUUUUGUGUUACUUUUUUGAACUGGCUGUUUUUCCAUGUAUUCAGAAGAAUUCAUUAAAGAAAAGAGGAAAAGUU